AUGGCGCCGCCGCUCGCACUGCUCCUUAUCGCCGCCCUCGUGCUCGCGCGGGUCGUCUCCCACGCCCACGGUGGUGGCGGCGGCGGCGGUGGCUUCUACGAUCCGGCGCGCGUCACCCAGCUGUCCUGGCGCCCCAGGGCGUUCCUGUACAGCGGCUUCCUCUCGGACACCGAGUGCGACCACCUCAUCAACCUGGCGAAAGGCAGCAUGGAGAAGUCGAUGGUGGCGGAUAACGACUCCGGGGAAAACCUCAUGAGCCAGGUGCGCACCAGCUCCGGCGCCUUCUUGGCCAAGCACGAGGAUAAAAUUGUCUCUGCAAUUGAGAAACGCGUAGCUGCUUGGACAUUUCUUCCGGAAGAAAACGCUGAAUCAAUGCAGGUUCUGCGCUAUGAAAUCGGUCAAAAGUAUGAUGCCCACUUUGAUUAUUUUCAUGACAAAAAUAACGUGAAGCGUGGCGGUCAGCGAAUUGCAACUGUCCUUAUGUACUUGACAGAUGUCAAGAAGGGUGGAGAGACUGUAUUUCCAAAUGCUGAGGGAAGCCAUUUACAGUACAAGGAUGAAACUUGGUCAGAGUGUUCAAGAUCUGGCCUGGCAGUGAAGCCAAAAAAAGGAGACGCGCUACUGUUCUUUGGUCUUCAUCUCAAUGCAACAACUGAUACAAGUAGUCUUCAUGGGAGCUGCCCAGUAAUUGAGGGUGAGAAGUGGUCUGCAACGAAAUGGAUUCACGUCAGAUCAUUCGAUAAUCCUCCAAAUGUAAGGACGGACGCGCCAUGUUCCGAUGACAAUGAGCUCUGCCCUAAAUGGGCUGCUAUUGGGGAGUGUUACAAGAACCCAACAUACAUGGUUGGCACCAAGGAUACUCAUGGAUUUUGCCGCAAAAGUUGCGGGCUCUGUGAUGCUUGA